GUAUCUCAACCUCCGGCAAACCCCAUUCCUAAUGGCGGCCUCACAGCUUGGUUGCAGGUUGUGGGGUCGUUUAUGGCCUUUUUAAACACAUGGGGUAUUGUGAAUUCCUUUGGCGCGUUCCAAAGCUACUACAGCUCCGAACUGCUCAGCGAUGUCUCUGACUCGAAUGUCUCAUGGAUCGGAUCUAUCCACGGCUUCCUGCUCUGUCUCACGGGCUUCCUGGCCGGUCCACUCUUUGAUACCGGAUACGCUUAUUACCUGAUCUACAUUGGCUCAUUUCUAGUCGUGUUUGGUAUGUUCAUGGUCAGUCUGUGCACGCAGUAUUGGCAGGUCAUGCUGGCGCAGGGUGUCUGCAUUGGUCUGGGCAGCGGCUGUCUAUUCAUUCCCAGUGUUGGCAUCAUCCCAACCUACUUCAGCACUCGUAAAGCGCUCGCGACGGGUCUCGCAGCGUCGGGGAGCAGCAUCGCUGGCGUUAUCUACCCCAUUGCCUUUACCCAUCUCCAGCAAAAUAUCGGUUUCCCAUGGGCUACACGAGUAAUCGCCUUCAUUAUGCUAGGCACCCUCUCGAUCUCCAUCGCAACAUUUCGCGUGCGCGUACUACCACCCGAGCGACGCCGCCUCUUCAACCCCCAAGCUCUCCGCGACGUCCCCUUUAUGCUCUUCAACGCAACCGCCUUUUUCACCUGCGUGGGCCUCUACGUCCCUUACUUCUACAUCUCCAACUACUCCACCACCCAAGCCAACAUGUCCCCCUCCCUAGCCUUCUACAUGGUCCCUGUGCUAAGUGCGGGCUCCGCAUUCGGCCGCAUCCUCCCCAACUUCUUCGCGGACAAAACCGGUCCCCUCAACAUGAUCACCAUCUGCACCUGCGCCGCUUUUAUCCUCGCUUACUGCUGGCUCGCGAUCGCCAAUACACCUGGGAUCAUCGUCUUCUGCGUGCUGUACGGUUUCUUCUCGGGGACGUUUGUGUCGCUGCAACCUACGUCAGUUGUCACACUGUCGCCGAGUCUGAGUAUCCUCGGGACGAGAAUGGGAAUGAGUACACUUUGUGCUGGAUUGGGGACGUUAGUUGGGACUCCGGUCGCGGGGGCGAUUGUGGGAAAGGGGAGUUGGGUGGGAGUGAGGUUGUUUUGUGCUUGUGCGCUGGCGGUGGGGACGGUGUUUGUUGCUAGUGCGAGGGUUGUGAGGAGUCGGAGGGUGAUGGAGCAAGUAUAGCAUGUGUUUAUGAGAUAUGAUACCAUAGACUACGACUAGAGAAAAGUGCUUAGACUUGUCUUUUUGACCCCGCUAACAUAAAGCUUGAAGCUAGCUAUAGCACACUACCCAUCGAGUUAGGGAUCACUAGCGGUCGCUUUUCC